UACUACCAGUACCAGUCGGCGGGCUCGCUGCCCGUGCACAUGCCCACGCACGGCAAGGCACCGGAAAAUCCCUACACUGCCUAUCGCCAUCAUGCUCCCUCCACUUACAGGGAACUGUCCUCCUCUCCACCAGAGAGCAGAAGCAGCGUAUCGUCCGGCGGCGGUCUCUACUCCUCCGUCAAUUCCGCAAGCUACGCCGCGAGCAUUGCCGGCAGCGACUGCGAAUCCUCAUCAAAUGGCGCGUCCAGCGUCGAUCUGCUCGAUUACAUGAACAGCCGGCUGUCGGACGCUUACAAUCCGCUCCCCAUGGAUCGCAACCUUGUCGGCCAAGCGCAAAUUUCCGGACAGUUGAACGCGAAGAACCGCGAGUUGCUUGAGCUGCAGGCCGAGGCGCGCCGACGAUUGAGCAAGACUCGCGCCAGUUUCGCAGAGGGCAUGAAGGCUGCCAAAGAGGUCCAGCGAGAUCUGGAGUGGUCGCAGAAGAAGAUCGCAGCAUUGAACGCCAGAGCAGCGUACAAAUACCCCGAGCAAUACCGUGCUGCUCGCGAACUCUACCCUUCACAAGCGGACUACUAG